UUCCUGGUUGAGAGUUGAACGAGUUAAGACGUAAUAUUUUCAAGUGCCUUUUAGUGUGUGUAUACUGGUAUACAUAAAUUUUGGUGGUUGUGUGUUUUUCUUUGCUGGUGGCUGCUGUGUGGUUUUUUCUGCUGGUGGCUGCUGUGUGCAUUUAUUUUUCUUCAAGUUGCUGGUUGCUGUGCAGCUGAUGUAUUGGGAUUGGUGGAUAAUUUUUACAUCAUUAAAUAUAAACCUGUUGCUGUGGAACUACGGUGGAAAAAAUUUUUUCUUCAUACCUGGUGUGUGAGUGCAAAACAAUCUGAGUGUGGCUGUGAGGAAAGCCACGUUAAGUGAGGUUAUGGACGCCAUGGCGUCUGUACCUCGAGACGCUUUUGUGUGUGUGAGUGAGGCUAAUACUGUUAGCGCUGAACAGUUAAAUGCCAAACUCAAACGAGGUCUAGAAAAUGGCGAUAAAGCUAUAGAUGUGUGUCAAAAUGAAGCUGCUGAACAUGCGGGCGUCCUAACGCAAAAAAUUCUGCAAGAUCCCAAGAAGAGGAGAUUUAAUGAUGAACCUACCCUAUAUAGUGCGGAGCAUAAAGGUGAGUUUAUGGUGUUAGUAGAUACUAGUGAGGCGGAAAACAUUAAAAACAAAAAAGUUAAAAAUGGCUUGUAUUUUAUAGAAAAAAUCAAAGAUAUCAAAGCCAAAGAAUUUAACAGCAUCAAAAGGGUAGAUGCGAUUGGUGUUACGCUCUACAAAAUCUCUUUUGAAAACAGAAUCUCUGCGAAUAAUUUCAUUCAAAAUGAAGAUCUAAAGAAGAAAAAAUUGAGAGCUUUUGUUCCAAGGAACUUUGUGGAAACCUUUGGAGUCAUUAGAAACGUACCAGUCUGUUUUUCAGAGGAGGAUCUGUUAAAAGGUAUUGUCUCCGAUAGGAAAGUAACGUCGGUGAAAAGAUUCACCAGAAAAGAAGGGUCUGAAGUAAGACAAACCGAAACUAUCAAGAUUGGCUUUAGUGGUGAUAAUCACCCGGCUUGGGUUGUUUUUAACCAUACGGUACUGGUUGUAAAUACUUUUUAUCCGGCUGUAAGACUAUGCUUCAAUUGUGGAAGACUUGGUCAUACGAAAAUGGGGUGUCGUUCUAAGACCAGAUGUUUGCAGUGUAGCAAUGAGAUGUGUGAGGGUAAUUGCAAUUUUAAAAAAUGUGUUCUGUGCAAGUCAUCAGACCAUUCCUGCAAGGAAAAAGAAAAAUGUUCAACAUGGGCCAAAGAAAUUGAAACGAACAAAAUAAUGACGAGGAAGAAAAUGUCCAGAAAGGAGGUAAUAACCAUGUAUAACAUGAAAAAUCGUUUUGAUAUCCUUUGGGAUGAGGAAAAUUUCCCUAACCUUCCAAGUACUGCAAAAAAUAACACCACCAAAACCAAGAAGUUUGUAGAUCAAUCAGUUGACAACGAAGUCAAUGAAAUAAUGACCCCAUUCACAUAUAGCUCUGUGGCCAAAAAACCGGUGAAAAGGUAUAUUCACAAGCCGGGAGUUUCAAUUUCAAACAGAAUGUUUGAAGAACCAUCGCCGUCCAAGCCAGUCUUCGUCCAGGAGCAUCAAAGAACUACAGAAUUAGAAAAAAUUACCAAAGAACUGGUUAAAUUUAUGUUGGAUGUCUUCAAAAACAACAAUAAUUCCAUUGGCAUAGAGGCUAUGAAACAUUUCAAUGACAGAAUUCAAAAAUGCGGAGUAUCUCUUGAUCUUGAUGACAAUGAACUCAAAUCACAAAAUCAACAUGGACAAGAAAUUUUUUCAGAAAACAUCAAAAAUUCUAACAAACUCAUCAACUUUAAUCUCAUUCAAAAAUUCAGACCUGAUGGAUAUGGUGGUGUUGCCAUAGCUCUCAGGAAACAAAUAAAAUUUUCCAAAAUUCCGUUUGAAACGGAACAAGACAUUUUAAUAGUUAAAACUACAAACCUUGCAAAAAAUUAUGUUGUGGCAUCGAUCUAUUUUCCACCAUCAACUCCCUUUGUUAUAUUCGUUGAGGAAAUGACCAAACUUGCUUCCUUUUUGGAAAGAUUUGACAACGUAAUUCUAUGCGGUGAUUUUAAUGCCAGAAAUACAUGCUGGGGUGAUCAUGUCACAUCCAGAAAAGGCAAGGAACUUGAAAUUAUCAUGCUGGAAUCUGGUUUUGUAAAUUUAAACAAUGGAGACCCUACCUUUGAAGGCAGAGGGACCUCCCAGGGAUCUGUACUCGACUUAACCUUUGUUUCAAAUGGAAUUGCUGCAAGCUGGUGUACCCUUGAAGGUCAUUGGGGUGGCAGCCACCAUAUACCCAUAAGCAUUCAGAUAAACAACUCUAACAUACGUAAUAAUUGCUUUCUGCACAAAAAGAAAUUACUUGGUCAGCUGAGCAAUUUGGAACUUGAACCUGAUUUUGACCAGAUUACAGAUGGGAUAAGUGAUGAAAUCAAGGCAGCGACUACAUCUCUAAAACAUGGCAGAACACCUAAGUACUGGUGGGAUGAUAACCUUUCAACCCUGUACCGUCGACAACUUGCAGCGAUCAAGAAAGCCAAAAGAUAUCCAACGUAUAAUAACCUUGAACAGGCUAGAAUAGAAGUUGAGAGAUGGAAAAAGUCCGUCAACAAAGCUAAAAGCGAUAAUUUUCAUAACAAAAUAGAUACAAUAAAUAAAAAUGGCAACACGCGUGAAGGGUGGAAAUUCAUCAAUAAUGUUCGGAACCGAACGAAGGCAGAUACCGCAGUUUGGAACAAUGAUAAUGACAUGCCGUACUUAAGAUUACUAAAGGAACAAGUUCCGGAUGAAGAGUCAAAUGAUAUAUCUCAAUCCAAUCCACACUCAAUUUCUCAACUUACUGAAAACAAUCCACAUAUUACCUUCGAUUUUGAUCAUUUUGAAGAAAUUUUGAAAAACAAAAACAAAGGUUCUGCGGCUGGGCAUGACAGAAUAACUUACGAUAUGAUAAAAGCACUUCCGGGAAUAUCAAAAAGAGCUGUACUUACAGCAAUGAACAACGCCUUUCUUAAUAACUCAAUUCGAGAUAGCUGGAGGAUCAUCAAAAUCGUACCAAUUCCCAAACCAAACAAGGACCGGGAAAUCAUUGCAAAUUAUAGACCGAUUUCUUUAAUUUCAGUCUUUGUUAAGUGCAUUAAUCUAAUGCUUAAAGAUAUGAUAAUACAACAUUUGGAAAACAACAAUGCCUUGCCUAGUCGCACAUUUGCUUACAGAAGCGGAAUGUCAACUUCAACAUGCCUGAAUGAAUUUUUACACAGAGUUGCCCUGCUGAAAACGAACAACUACAAAGUUUUAGUUCUUUCACUGGACAUAAACAAUGCGUACAACUGCGUUAAAAUCAACACUUUAGCCAAUAUAUUGAAUAAAUAUGGUCUCAACCAACAAAUUUCCAACUGGAUCAUCAACUUCUUUUCUAAAAGGUUUCUCAAACUUGGCAAUAAUCAAGUUACUGUCACAAACGGUAUCCCACAGGGCAGCUGUCUGUCUCCACUUCUUUUUAAUCUGUAUACUGCCUCUUUACACCAAUUGGAAGACAAUAACAGCCGAAUCUUUCAAUAUGCAGAUGAUUUUCUAAUUAUGGUUUAUCAUAAUGACUUUGAUCAAGCCUUGCAACUCCUACAAAGAAAGGCAAACAACUUUUCUAGAGCACUUUCAGAACUCAAUCUGUCAUUUAAUCCGGAAAAAUCAAACACUAUGUACUUUGCCAAAAACAGCAUAAAACAGAUCACACUUAACAUCAAUGAUAUUUCCAUACGACAGGAAAAAAAACUUAAGUUUCUGGGAAGAAUUAUCUCCAAUUCUUUGUCUGUAUCUGAACACUACACAUUUAUAGAAAAUGCAGUUAUAAACAGGACUAAUCUGUUGAGAUGCCUUACCUCAAUCAAAGGAGGCCUACAUCCAAAAGUAGCCCUGAAUGUGUAUAGAAGCAUUGUCAGAUCCAAAAUUGAGUACUCAAGAACAACAACUGCCAAUUCUCCACAAUACAUUAACAAAAAGGUUGAACGUCUGCAAAACGAAAUGAUUAAAAGAUCCCUGGGAGUGCCUAAAUCCUCACCUAAUCAUGUAAUAUAUACGCUUGCUGGGGAACUACCACCUGCACACAGAGCUCAGUUUUUAACAGCAAAAGAGAUCAUUAAAGUGAGACUACAAAAUCCAGAACUAUAUGAUAUCAUCGCUAACAACCCAUUGGUCAAAUCCAGCUACAGCAAAGUUUUUCAUGAUCAUGCAGAAAUUUUUGAACGGAUUAAAACGGUAGCAUAUUCCCGACAAAACUCGCUGCAUGUCAGAACCAACUUACUACCUUCCAAAAAAGAUAACACCGGUAAUGAAAUAUUACAAGCCAUUUAUAACAAGGAGAUUGCUCACUACAAAAUGCAUGACUUUGAAUUAUUCGCGACCGAUGCGUCGGUCAAAAACAAUGCCACCGGCUGUGGAAUCUACAACAUCUCCAAAAAGCAAAGAUUUCUUUUCAAGAUUGAUUUUAAAACCUCAUCCACCUUUGGCGAGCUUUUUGCCCUUAAAAAGGCUCUACAGAUUGCUGUGGAAGACAGAAAAGACAAAUGUGUCCUAUUUACAGACAGUCUUGCGGCCUGCAAGGCUUUGGCUACUGAUAACUCGGACAACUUUUUGGUUGGAGAAUUCCACAACAUUCUACGUGAUUCAAAUAUUCAACGUUGUCAUGUUAUUUGGACCCCUGGUCAUCGUGGUAUCUCUUUUAAUGAAGAGGUGGAUUACCUUGCAAAACAAGCAGCUGAAUUUGGUGCCCCCGUUAACUCUGAGCUCUCGACUAAUGAGGCUCUAAUGAUGAUCAAACAUAAAAUUGUCAAUGACUGGAACGACGAUUUUUCUCAAAUCUCAAUGACCAAGGGAAAAAAUUUUUUCCAAAUCUGUGGAAAUGUUUUUACACGCCCUUGGUACCUCAAUCUAAACCUAUCCUCGAAAGAUACAAAAUUAAUAAAUAGGUUGAUGGUUGGUCAACCUUAUGAUAAGGUUUUUUUACAUCGCAUUGGAGCAGUAGAUAAUGAUAUCUGCGAAACGUGUGGCAGUCGGGAAGAUGCCCAACAUUGUAUUUUUGAAUGUCUGAGCGCUCUAUUCCUUGCUUUGGAUAAGCCACCUGCAUCUAUUGGACAUAUCACCUUUUUAUAUACACCUUUUGGUGUUAUCGUUUUAAUCACCCUAAUUGACACACACACACAAAAUUGUUAUCACUCUCAACCAGAUGUUCGCUUGUCCAAUCACAAGAUACGCUCUAUUUUUUGCUUUGGAUAAGUCACCUGCAUCUAUUGGACAUAUCAAAACUCUAGUGCAGUUUUGAUCAUCACAAUAUAAACACACUGGAUUUGUCUUUACAUACACCUUUUGGUGUUAUCGUUUUAACUACGCAAAUUGAUACACACACUCAUCGUUGUUACCACUCUCAACCAGAAGUUCGAGUCUAAUCACAAGAUAUUAACUGCAAAACAACAACUAAAACCACCUUGUGAAUAUAACCUGGCGUUUUGAUUCCUAGAAAUCGCCAUCUUUGCCCUUCAACAAGGGUUUCGUUUCAAAGUUCAAAAAAAAAAAAAGUUUACGCUUCUCAUACACUCCACAUAACUAACACCACACAUAUAAAUAUUUACAUACCUUC